UCAAUCACCCAGGUGCCCAUUAGAUACGGCGGCUCGUUUAAAACGAAAUAAUCCCAAAUAUAAUGAUGAUAAUUAUACCGAUUUUAAUUAAUUAAACGCUUUCAGAAAAGAAAAAAAAAAAAAAAAAGUGGGAAUUUAUAGAAAAGAAAAUAAAUGAAAACUUUUGUAGAUAUUUUAGUGAUUAGUCCUCAGUAUUUUGUGUUUGAGCAAAUCGGACCCUAUAAAAGAGUGGGAUUCAGAACUCAUUAUUCGGUCUUCACCAUUUCUCUCUCUCUCUCUCUCUCUCUAAAACACACAAAACACUUUCUCGCUCAUCCUCCUCUGUAGUGUACUACCCCAAAGCAACACUUUCUCUCUCUUCUCUUCUCUACUACUUUCUCUCUCUUCUGAAAAAGAUAUAAACACCACCACCACCCAACUCACUCACUUCAGUCUCUCCCUCCUCCCCAUAAGAAAAGAAUCCAAGUUUCCAUCUGGGUUUUUUUUACUCUCUGUUCAUCGAUACCCGGUUUUGAUUUCUUUUUUUCGGCUUCUGCAACUGGUUUUCCGACUGCUUUGUCUCCUCCCUUUGUUUACUUUCUCUCGCUAAUCUCUCUCUCUCUCUCUGGUUCGCUUUAUCUCUCUUCUUUAUCCGAGAUUUUUAUUUCCUUUUUCCUCUGUGUGUCUCUUUAACGUUGCUCUGCUUUCUCUCUCUUUAUUCUUUGAGAAUCUCUCUUUAUUUCGGCCUUCUUUCACGCUCGCUCUUACAUAUAUUCCCCCUUCCUUUUCGCUUUCAAUGCGAAUCUGAGAACAUAAGCUAAGAAAUCAACGAGAAAGAAUCAUGUUGUCCGGAACAAGGGUCAAAUACACUGAACACGUAAGCCACACCACAGUUGUUGCCAGGCCGGAAUAUUCCAUUUCCGGUAGAAAAAGCUUUUUUCCGGCGGAAAUACCAGCCAGGACUGUACGGAUAUCCGUUACCGACGGCGACGCCACAGAUUCCUCCGGCGACGAGGAGGAUGCUUUUUCCGGCAAACGCCAGAGAGUCAGGAGGUUCAUCAACGAGGUCAGAAUCCAGCCCUGCACCAAAGACGGCGGAGGAGCUGUUGCCACGACAAGCGCCAGCGCCGCCGCCGCGGCGAAGAGCAGCCGCCCGUCGUCGGUGAGCCUGCUGAAGAGGAAGAAGAGCGGCGGCGGUGGGAAAGCGGAGAGCAAGGUGCCCAAGUCCGUCACCGUUAAGAAGUUCCGCGGCGUGCGCCAGAGGCCGUGGGGGAAGUGGGCGGCGGAGAUUCGAGAUCCCCAGCGCCGUGUGCGGCUGUGGCUCGGCACCUACGAGACGGCGGAGGAAGCUGCUAUGGUCUACGACCACGCGGCCAUCCAGCUGCGUGGACCCGACGCGCUCACUAACUUUUCCAACCCACCUUCAAAGGACAACAAAACAAGCUCCGAGUACAACUCCGACGAGGAGUCCCACAACAAUGCCAAGUCUCCCAAGUCCGUCCUCCGUUUCGUCUCGGCGGCUGACUCCCAAGCCGAGACUGAAGUCGAAGCCGAAGCCGAAGCCGAGUCGUCCUCCGUCUUCUUCCCCUCCUCCGACAACGCCGUCGCCGGAAAGGAGAGCGACGACCGGAGUCUCUCAGACUUCCCAAUAUUUCCUCCGAAUGACGAUUUGUUCACCGAGUUGAACUCGGUUCCGGUACCCGAUUUGUUUGCGGAAACGGGUUUCUCGGACAACAUAUUCGGGUUCGAUUACUACUGCAGCAACGAUAUGCUUAUCGGGUCAAGUACGGAUUUCGGAUUCGGGUCACCCUCUUGGCAAACGGAUGAUUUCUUUCAAGACUGCUGUGACUUAUUCGGGUCGGAUCCUCUUGUUGCCCUCUGAGAGAGUUAUUUUAUUAUUAGGAUAUUAUAUGAAAAUCGGCUAUAAUUUUGCUGAUUUUCGCAAGUUUUGAGAGUGGACGUAUUUUAUUUUAUUUUAAUAUUAUAUUAUAUAUAUAUAUAUAUAUAUUUCCUAUUUAGUUGUAUUAAUCUUUUCA